CACCGGAUGGCGGCGGGCAUGAGGCUGCUGAGGGAUGGAGUUGGGCCCGGCCCCCAGACACGGCUCAGGGGCUCGGCCAGCAGCAGGUCCCUCAGGCCCCAGCCUUCACUGCGUCCCGGACCCGGAGCCCUGCACCUCGGGCACAGACUGGCUGCCAAGGCCACGCUUUUGGCUGAAAGAGGCGCUGCCAGGUGCACAGCCUUGGGCAUGAGCCUUUUAAGCUGCGGGGAAAAGCCCAGCACUGGUCCCAGGAAAGGUGCCUAGAAGAACACGGAACAGGACCCCAGUGAGAUGGAGCCCAGAUGUGGAGGCCCUUCUGUGCUGCCCCACUGGCCCCAGCUUGGGCGGCAGUCUGCCCUGUGGCCAACCCUGGCCGCUCUGGCCCUGCUGAGCAGCGUCGCCGAGGCCUCCCUGGGCCCCGGGCCCCGCAGCCCCGCCCCGCGCCUCGGCCCCGCCCCGGCCCCGGCGGCCCCCACCGGCCACCUGCCGGGGGGCCGCCAGCCUCGCACGUGCGGCGGAAGAGCUCGGCGGCCGCCGCCCCAGCCUCCCCGGCCCGCGCCCCAGCCACCUGCGCCCUCGCCCGCGCCUCCCCGCGGGGGCCGCGCGGCGCGGGCCGGCCGUGCGAGCUGGGGGAGUCGCGCGCGGACCGCGGGGGCGCGGGGCUGCCGCCUGCGGUCGCAGCUGGUGCCGGUGCGCGCGCUCGGCCUGGGCCACAGCUCCGACGAGCUGGUGCGUUUCCGCUUCUGCAGCGGCUCCUGCCGCCGCGCGCGCUCCCCGCACGACCUCAGCCUGGCCAGCCUGUUGGGCGCCGGGGCCCUCCGGCCGCCCCCGGGCUCGCGCCCCGUCAGCCAGCCGUGCUGCCGACCCACACGCUACGAGGCCGUCUCCUUCAUGGACGUCAACAGCACCUGGAGGACCGUGGACCGCCUUUCCGCCACUGCCUGCGGCUGCCUGGGCUGAGACCUCGCUCCAGGGGUUUGCGGACUGUACCCCUACCCGCGGAUCCUCGAACCUGGGGCCUUCUCGCAGGAGCCCGCGGGCCGGCGGGUGGGGGGCCCUGGGCCAGAGAUGGAGGCCUCAGCCAGGUGAGUGAUGGCUAUCAGCCCUGGAGAGAUGGAAGGACGACUGACCUGCGGCCCCAGGGUCCUCGCCCUGCAAGUCCCAGCCCUGCAGGCACCAGACAACCUCAGCUGUGGAGACCUUAGGACCCACUUCUCACAGACUCUGGCACUGACCCGGCCACGGACCCAGGACUCCUCCUCUGGAGAACUCAGCAGCUCUGAAGUCCCAGCCUCAGCCCAGGCCCUGGGGGGUAUGGAAUUGGAGGAGACACAUUGCUGACAUGGGCCUGUACUCUUUCGUGGUUGCUGGACCCCUAUUUAUUAUUCCUAAGUUAUUUAUUUACUUCUGUGGUUUGUCACAUCCUUUCCUGGGCAGUGGGGCUGGAUGGGUAAAAGCAGCUGGAUGGAGAUCAUGCGCUGGCCAUUCCACUCACUUCAGGCUGACUCAGCAAUCACAGGCCUGUGAUCUCCCAUUGCUUGCCCCCCCACCCAGCAGCUCUGGGACACCGGGCAUAGAACACAGGCAGAGUGGGUGGCAAAGGUGUGUUCACCAGUCCUGAAAGGGCAGCUCACACCCCCCUGCACAGUCCCCAGCACUUGGGACCUGUAGUUACUGGUGGAGAAAACUCUAUCCCUGUGACAUCAGGCAUCCUGGGGGCCUCACAAUGUGUAAUGACACAGAAAACCACACAUUGGCCCACCCCACUGUCACUAAU